AAAAGAUCGUUGAAUAUUAUUAGUUAUGCUUCAUAUAACAGAGGGCACAAAAAUGGCGACCUGUGUUAGUCCGUUAGUUGGAGCGGUUGAUCAAGGAACGAGCAGCUCCAGAUUUUUGAUAUUUUCGAGCAAAGAUUCAAAGGUUGUAACAUAUCACCAGGUUGAAGUACAACGGAAAUGUCCACACGAAGGGUGGGUGGAGCAAGAUCCUGUAGAGAUAUUAGAAUCAGUGAAGACAUGUAUUGCUAAAGCUGUAGACAAUCUGAAGGCUCUAAACAUCAGCCACACUGAUAUCAAAUGUAUCGGAAUAACAUCACAAAGGGAGACGACUAUUGUCUGGGACAAGUUCACUGGACAGCCGUUAUACAAUGCUAUAGUUUGGUCAGAUAUGAGAACAGGUGUUACUAUAGAGAAUCUCAUCGCCAAGACAACAGAGAAAAGCCAGGACUAUACCAGACAAUUUUGCGGCGCUCCGCUUUCGAGCGACUUCAGUGCUAUACAUUUAAAUUGGUUGCUAGACAACUGUCCAGCUGUUGUCAAGGCGAUUGAUGAAGGAAGAUGUUUGUUUGGAAAUGUAGACUCAUGGUUACUCUGGAAUUUGACAGGAGGAAAGGACGGUGGCAAACAUAUCACAGAUGUUUCAUUUGCCAGUAAAACACUUCUGCUGAAUAUACACGAGCUGAAAUGGGAUGAUCAUCUGUGUCAGUUCUUUGGUGUAGAUAAAAAUAUUUUACCGGAAGUGAGAAGUUCUGCUGAAGUAUAUGGACACAUAUAUGAUGGUCCUUUGACAGGCGUGCCGGUAUCGGGGAUACUAGGAGAUCAACAGGCGGCAAUGGUGGGACAUUCGCAUUUCAAACCUGGCCAAACGAAGAUAACAUAUGGCACAGCAUUGUGUCUGUCUAUGAACAUUGGACAACAGGCAAUUUUAUCUAAAAGUGGAUUAUUGACAUGUGUGGCUUAUCAGUUAGGACCAAACAAGCCGGCUGUGUAUGCUUUUGAGGGUGCAAGUCUUACUGCAGGUUCGUGUAUUAGAUGGUUGAGGGAUAAUGUUGGAAUCAUACAGUCAGCGGAGGAGAUAGAGGAGUUGGCGAUGAAGGUAGAUGGUUCGCAUGGAUGUUACUUCGUUCCGGCGUUUUCUGGUCUAUAUUGUCCUUAUUUUCAAAAUGAUGCCCGAGGAAUUAUCUGUGGCAUUAGUCAACAUACAACAAAAGAACAUAUUGCCCGUGCCGCACUGGAGGCAAUUUGCUUUCAGACAAAAGAGGUUGUGGAUGCAGCCAAUGCUGACAUUGGUAUGGAUAUGCAGUGUGUACAGGUAGAUGGAGGUAUGACAGCCAACAAUCUUCUCAUGAAACUAUUAGCUGAUAUAAUCGGAACAACUGUUGAACGUCCAACAAUGCAAGAGGCGACAGCACUUGGCGUUGCUAUGGCAGCAGGAUAUGCUAUUGGGAUAUGGGAUCUAGACGUUGACAACCGUAAUGAUAAAAUAGAUGUUUUCAAACCUACAAUCUCAGAAAAGGAACGCGCGAAGAAAUUUAAGAGGUGGAAUGAGGCAGUGAGCCACUCUAUGCAUUGGAUACACUCUGACGAACAAGAUGAAUGAGGCUUGAAGACGUUUUAAAUACUUGAAAUUGGGAGUAUACUUGUACAAAUAGUAUACCAGGAUAAUAAACAUGUAAUUUGAAGAGCAUAUUUCAGACUUUUAAGAGGCAAGUGAUGUGAAGCCUAUCUAUUAUAUAGACAUGAUGUAUGACUGGUAUAUCAACAGUGAAUAUAAUGAUUAUAAAAACAUAUUUUUAAGAAACACAAUUCUUAUAUGUUUACAUUUAUGUAAUGUAAGACAUAUAUUGAGAUAAAGUAGUACGUACUAUAUUGUGUCAGAUAUUUGGACAUAAUCUGUCUAUAAACAAUACAACAUGUACCUUCAUUUACUAUGACAGGUGCUGAAAUUAACAUAUAUAAUAUAACAUACAUGUAAUAUAUAAUUCGUUUAAUAAGGAAACAAAAUAUUAAGUGUGCAAAGCAUUUUUGUUUCUCAGUUCAAUCAUUUCCAAAUUGAUAGAAGUAGCGAUGGGUUUCAGUAAAAAGCAAAAAAGGAAAAAAAAAUAAAAGAAAAAACAAACAAACAAAAAACAAACAAACAAAAACAAAUUAUAAUAAAAAUUGCAUCAGAUAAUAUAACUUACAAAUAUGUCUUUAGCGGGAGUGCGGUAUUUCUUAUUAAAUUUCAAAAGUUGGUACAAACGAUAAUUUAAGUCUAUAC